CGGGGCUGAGUAGGCGGCUUUGGCCCGGGGCGAGCGAAGGAGGGAGCGGAGCCGGAGCCGGAGCCGGAGCCGGCUGGCUGGCGCCACCCUGCUCGGGAUGGCAGAAGACCAGGAGCCCCCUCAGCUGGGCCAGGUGGCCCCCGAGCCUGUGGCUCAGCCCUGCAACAGCAACACCUACCGAAGCGCGCAGCAUUCCCAGUCCCUGCUCAGCGGGCUGUUGGCUCUUCGAGACAGCGGGAUCCUCUUUGAUGUUGUCUUGGUGGUGGAAGGCAAACAAAUAGAAGCCCAUCGCAUCCUUCUGGCCGCGUCCUGUGACUACUUCCGAGGCAUGUUUGCCGGAGGACUGCGGGAGAUGGAGCAGGAAGAGGUCCUGAUCCACGGCGUUUCCUAUAACGCCAUGUGCCAGAUUCUGAAUUUCAUUUACACUUCGGAGCUGGAACUCAGUCUGCACAAUGUCCAGGAGACCCUGGUGGCUGCCUGCCAACUUCAGAUCCCAGAAAUCAUCCAUUUCUGCUGCGACUUCCUCAUGUCCUGGGUGGACGACGAGAACAUCCUGGACGUGUACAAGCUGGCUGACCUCUUCGAGCUGGGCCGGCUGACGGAGCAGCUGGACUCCUACAUCCUCAGGAACUUUGUGGCCUUCUGUAGGACUGACAAGUACCGCCAGCUGCCCCUCGACAAGGUCUACGCCCUGCUCAGCAGCGACCGGCUGGAGGUCAGCUGCGAGAACGAGGUCUACGAGGGCGCGCUGCUCUACCACUACACUCAGGAGCAGAUCGAGACCGACCAGGUGUCUCUGCUGGAGCCGCCCAAGCUGCUGGAGACCGUGCGCUUCCCCCUCAUGGAGCUCCAGCUCCUGCAGAAACUCCACGACAAGCUGAGCCCCUGCCCGCUGCGAGACACGGUGGGCAGCGCCCUGUGUUACCACCGCCAGGAGAUCCUGCAGCCCAGCCUGCAGAGCUCCCACACGGCCCUGCGCUCCGAGUUCCGCUGUGUGGUGGGCUUUGGGGGCAUGCACUCGACCCCCUCUACGGUCCUCAGCGACCAGGCCAAGUACCUGCACCCCACGCUGGGGGAGUGGCGCCACUUCACCGCCGCCCUGGCGCCCCGCAUGUCCAAUCAGGGCGUGGCCGUGCUGCACAACUUCGUGUACCUGAUCGGCGGGGACAACAACGUCCGAGGCUUCCGCGCUGAGUCCCGCUGUUGGAGGUACGAUCCGAGGCACAACAGGUGGUUUCAGAUCCAGUCCCUGCAGCGAGAGCAUGCCGACCUGUGUGUGUGCGUCCUGGGCAAGCACAUCUAUGCCGUGGCUGGGCGGGACUACCACGCGGACCUGAAGGAGGUGGAGCGCUAUGACCCCGGCACCAAUACGUGGGACUACGUGGCGCCCCUCAAGAGAGAGGUAUAUGCCCACGCGGGGGCCGCUCUGGACGGGAAGAUGUACAUCACCUGUGGACGGCGAGGUGAGGACUAUCUCAAGGAACUGCACUGCUAUGACCCAGACGCCAACUGCUGGGAGGCGCUGGCCGACAGCCCCAUCCGGCGCGCCUGGCACGGCAUGGCCACCCUGCUGGGCAAACUGUACGUGAUCGGCGGCAGCAACAAUGACUCAGGCUACCGGAGGGACGUCCACCAGGUUGUGUGCUACAGCCCCAGCACCAGGCAGUGGACAGCAGUCUACCCACUCCCAGCUGGGCAUGGCGAGCCGGGCAUCGCCGUCCUGGACAAUAAGAUCUACGUUUUGGGGGGCCGCUCCCACAACCGAGGCAGCCGCAUGAGCUAUGUCCACAUCUACGAUGUGGAGAAGGACUGCUGGGAAGAGGGGCCUCAGCUGGAGAACGCCAUCUCUGGCCUGGCAGCGUGCGUGCUCACUCUGCCCAGAUCUCUGCUCACAGACCCUACCCGGCGAACCCCUGGCUGGCACCCGGACCGGGGGCAGCGGGACCCUGACCUGGGCUCAGAGGUGAUGAGCGUGUCUGACUGGGAGGAGUUUGAUAACUCCAGUGAGGACUGAACCUCUUGGUUUUUAGAAGGAAGGAGAGCGGCGACCUUGGGAAGUGAGGAAGUCUCUGGUGCAAGAAAGACUUAGCACUUGAGACCUGGCUGCCUCACCGCCAUCUCUGCACCUCUGAAGAUGUUAAAGGAAGGUCAGAUGCCUUCCAAUAUGUCUUUCUCAUCACUGGCCACAUGUGACUCAGAACUCGCCCAGGCCCCGGAGCUCUUUGAGGAAAGGGAUCUGGACAAUGUGGCAAGAUGUGCAAAUGAAGGAUUUUAAAAAAGAGAUUUUAAACCUUUGAGAGUGACAUUGUAGAUCUCCCUCCUGCUUGGGCAGACUGGCGGCCAGGUUCCUUGAGGAAGGAAUCCUCUUUCCGAAGCGGAGGCUUCUGGAAGCAGGGCGUGGAGCUGACCGAUGGAGGCAUUCUAAAGGAGAACAAGCACUCUGACCCUGUGGGGUAGACACCAGCAUGCCGCAAGGCACAGAGCAAGCCUCAGUAGGCAGGAGGCUUAGAACCGGUUCUGAAGACGGAAAGGGCAUGGAUUGCUGGGGGGAGGGGGGCUUUUUCAAAACCAUACGGUUCAUAAAUGAAAUAAUAAAAUCCUAUAGGAGGUCUUUAUUGCAUUCCUA